AUGGCUAAACCUUCAAAAAAAAAGCCGAGGAAACGGAAAGCAAAAAUGACUGAUCCCUUUAAAGAAGAAGAAAUAGCUAAGAAAAUUGCAGCAAUCGAAGGGAAGAGACAAAAAGUUAUAGAUGAAGUUAAUCUUUCAUUAGAAAGAAGAAGAAUGGACAAAAGAGAAAUUCAAAAUGCACGUUUCGAAAAAGAAGUGAGAUUCCGACAAAAAAUGUUAAUUAUAUUAUUAACUUUAUUUUAUUUAAAAAAUGAUAGUAUUGGUUUUAUUUUAUUACAGAUUCGUGAGGAUUUGAGUAAAGUUGUCGAAACUGGUAUAAAGUGUGUAUACACAUCCGUCAUUAUACCAGAAAAAAUUAAAUACGAUGGCCGAUCAAUUUUAUCGAUUAAAGGUGUUAGAUAUAGAUUGAGAAAUAAUUUACAUAUUAUUGGCUGGGGAAAAGAAGCAGUCACAAUGAGUUCAGCAUUUGAACGAGUUGUUGGCAAACAAUUGAAAAAAGGUUGGAUGGUGGUUCCUCGGAAAUCAAUUUUCAUGAUGUGGAGUUUUCCAGAAGCGUUUCCUCCUUUGGAUAGUCGCAUUUCUUAUGUUGAAGCUGGAACUGAUGGUCAACCGGAUGAAAAAUCCGUAAUAACUACCAGAAGAAUUAUAAACUACUGUAAAAAAUUGAAGAAAAGAGAUUUAUUGAUAGUCAUGAUCUCGCAAGGAAUUGAUGAUCUCCUUUGUUGUCCACGAGAAGAAAUUACAUUAAGAGAUAAACUUAGAGUGUUGACCAGAUUACAAGCUGCAGAAGCAACUCCCGAGGAAAUGAACAUCGUAAGAAAUAAACUUUCUGCAAUUAGAGGAGGCGAUCUAGCACGGAUGGCUUACCCAGCGAGAGUCGUGACUUUAAUCACAUCUGACGUUUCUGCUCGGCCAAUAUCUCAACUGUCAGGUGGACCAUGCGUUUAUGAUCCAAAAGAUGACAAAGCUUUAGCAAUAUUAGCGAAGUAUAACCUGAUCGAUAGAAUACCAUUAAGCGUAAAAGAUUUAGUAGAAGAAACUAUUCCAUGGGUCAUGGCUGCUGAUAAACAAUUAGACGAAAAUAAGAAUUACAAAUUUGUCCAUGAGGACGUAAUAGCCUGUAAUGCAGACGCUAUGGAAUGUAUGUCUGUAGAAGUUUUUAAGCUUGGUUUGUUUCCCAUAAAACUGAACUCCACUUGUUCUGGAAAAAUCGACGAAUUUGCACGAGAAUAUGUUAAAAUGGCAUCUUUAAUGAUACUGGCGGUCGAAAACAAAAUUAAUAAAUUGGACAUGUAUGAAGAAAUGAAAGAAAGUCCUGUCUGCCCUUUGACUGAUAUAAAGGUGCAGGAAAUAUUUCCCACAAAAGAUAAUUGGGGUUUAGGAUUGUGUCUUCUAUUAGGAGGCCGACCAAUUGUAAAUCUUUGCUCUGACCCUGGACAUGGUGGACCUAAUCAGGAACUUGCUCUCUACUUUUCAUUAUAUUGGUAUAUGCGUACACAGCAGUUUCCAAUUUUGAGAGAGUAUACUGUCUGGUUCCUUGGCGGCAGCUCUUAUGGGAGGGAAGGUAAUACUGAAACGGCUGGCGCAUUUGGCUAUAAGAGCUUGAGCACCGAUGUUUAUCCAGAGUACGAAAAAGCACAGAGUGCAUUCAACACUGCUUACGCAAAAUGGUGGAAACUUAACGAGGACAAACGCUUCGAAUCUAAAAUAGCGGACGCUCAGAAAGAGAUGCAGGAACUUGAACUUAUAAGAAAUAAAUAUGCCGAUAUUCUACCUAAUCGAGUUUUAACUGAAAACAAUACAAAUUUAUUAUUCUUGAAUAUUAAUGACGAAGAUGAAUUACUAGAACUGAAAAGUGGAAAUUACUAUACAUUCACGAACGUUGGAGAUCUCCACAUCAUCCGUCGAACAGUAGUUGAACCGAACUCACAAUACUGUUGUCGCCUAGGUAAAAGCAAAGAUUAA